AUGGUCGGCUUCGAUAUGCGCGGUUUGACCCCAGCUCCGGUCACCCCCUUCACUGAAGAUGGGGCUGUGGACUAUGAAGCUAUCCAGCGACUUGGAUCUUGGCUCGGUGGUAUCGACGGAGUGAAAGGUCUCGUGGUCCUUGGUCACGCUGGCGAGGGUACCUUCCUCACCGUUGACGAGCAAGUCUCCGUCAUCAAGGCGUUUGUCAGAUCAGUGGACAACAAAGUGCCCAUCAUCGCCGGAAUUACCGGUGAAGGUACGGAAGUGGCUGCCCUGGAGGCUAAGCGUGCUAAGGAAGCCGGUGCAGCCGCUGGCCUCCUCUACCCUUCCCACGGCUGGCUGCGCUUCGGAUACCAGCCUGGUGCGCCUCAGGAUCGGUACCGCCGAGUCUACGAGGUCUCCGGUCUCCCAUUGAUUCUUUUCCAAUACCCCGAUAACACAAAGGCUACCUACAACCUCCAAACCAUGCUUGACAUCGCCGCCCAACCCGGCUGCUUUGCCAUGAAGAAUGGCGUGCGCAACAUGCGCCGAUGGGACACCGAAAUCCCAGUCAUUCGCGAGCAGCGACCAGACCUCCAGAUCCUUUCCUGCCACGAUGAAUACCUUCUGCACACCUCAUUCGAUAUUGACGGGUUCUUGGUCGGAUAUGGCAACAUUGCACCGGAGCCUCUGAUCGAACUUAUCAAGGCCGGCAAAGCCAAAGAUUACCAGAAGGCUCGGUCUAUCCAUGAUCAACUCCUACCGGUUACUAAGAGUGUCUAUCACCGUGGAUCUCAUAUGGAGGGCACUGUGGCGCUUAAGCAUGCGCUCGUUGCCCGGGGAAUCCUGACCCAUGCAACUGUGCGCCCCCCUCUCUUGCCGCUGGAGGACGGUGCGGAACAGGAAAUUCACGCUGCUGUUAAUGCUGCAUCUCUCUGCAAGAUUGUUCUGUAG